AUGGCUGCAUCGGUGCUGGAGAUGUUGAAAGCCUCCAACUUUGCGAGUGUGGAGGACGGAGACAAUGUGACGGAAGGCAAGUUCGGCAUUCCCCGCUACAACGGCGACCCCACCAGGUAUCAGGAGUACGUCUUCCGGGUCAGGGCUCGAAUACGCAAAGAGAAGAAGAUUGACGAAAAGGAAGUGGCAAAGCUGGGUCCCUUGGGACUUCGCUUGCUUGAAGGCCUGACUGGGACGGCGUUCCGCGCCGCACAGAUGCUGGACAUAGAGAAGCUGGAGAGUGCUGAGGGGCCUGAGAUCCUCCUCCAGGAGCUGGCCACCACCCUUCAGCCGAAGCGAGAACAGCAAGCGCGCGAGCUCUAUGAGGCUGGUGCAAUGGUGGGUGGAAUGAUGAGUCGUCAGCAUGGCGAGGGCAUGGCGCAGUUCGUGAUGCGUCGGAGAGCCUGGUAUCGGGCCCUGCUCGACUCAUCGAGCGACAUGAAACUCCCGGAAGUGGUCUUGGCCGAGCAACUCCUACAGAACGCCAGGAUCACUGAUGAUCAACGACUCAUGGUUCGCACUGCCCUCCAAGGGAAGCUAACUUUCGACUCGGUGGCCCAAGAGUUGGUGAACCAACAUCCUCGACUACAUGAACGUGAACGUUUUCCUUACAAAGGAAAGAAAGGUUUUGGAAAGCACCACGGACGACCGAAGGGAUACUUCCACGCCUCGCACGCCUACUGGACGGAGCAGAACGACCAGGACUACUUCUACGAUGACGAGUACGCAAUGGGCUACCUGGCCGAAGAGUAUGCGGAGGACGGCUACGUGGAGGAGAACUACAUGGCCGACUACGAAGAGCCGGACGAGUUGGACUUCCAAGCGGACGCCCUGGCUUACAUGGCAGAGCAAGGGCUGAGCCUGGAGGACUACGACUCUGCUGAGUAUGCGGCCGAGAUGAUCCAGAUUGAUGCCGAAGGGUACUUUGCUGGAAAAGGAGCUGAAGAAUCGGACGACCUGCCGACGCUGUGGGGCGACUGGACACUGGAGCUCAGACAGACGUUCAACCAGAGCCUGCCGCAAUGCUCGCUUUACGACGUGAACCUGGCCGAGACAACCAACCUGUCGGUCAACUUCCUCUUCAGCAUCAUGGUCACGGUGGACAAGCUGCUUCUCAGGGAUGGCUACUUGGACCACCGCCUGUACCCCAUCGACAUCAUGCAGAACAGGGACAUGGACACGGGGAAGCAACAUCCCAGCCGUCUACGUCGCAAUGGAGCAUUGUCCAGGCUGAGCAGAGACCUCUGUGGCUGGAUGGAAGUCCGGUUGGAGGCGACGGUGAUGCCGAUGUCGAGAUGGAUCGACUUCUACGUGAACAUGAGCGUGAACAUGGGCGGCAAGCGCGAGAUGAGAGCUCACGAGUGCAGGAACCUCCAAUGCCCCAGACAUCACCUUCGACGUCUGCUGCACCACAGCCAUCUGUUGCCCCGACGACUGCACGCCCUUCCUGUGCCCACACAGAGACGACUUCCGUCGGCUCGAACCAGUAUCAGCGUGUCGUGCGUUGCAAGCGAUGUGGCUUGGUGUUGUCCCGCACGAAGAAGGAUGUCGGACAGGGAGAGACCACUUCUUCGACUACAGCAGCCGCGACACAGCCACGAUGUUCCCAUCACAACAUUUCGUGGCGUGGAUCCAAUGGGAGCCGCUGGAAAAGCACUUGUCUGGAUUGCGGACACCAAGAAUCCGGAGAUCGCGAGACACCAGCUGGACAUGGGACAGAACCUCAUCGUGAUUCGCAGACAGUGGUCGAGGAGGAGAGACUUGAAGAAGGGCAACAGGUUCCGAGUAGCAGCUUUAUGCGAGCUCUUCGACAUGUCAUUGCACUACAUGCAUGCUGGAGCGACCGAGGUGCGUCCUCUGCAACGGCGAGCACGAUGGUGGCACAGGCUGCUGCCUCGACUACGACCACGCCGCAACAUGAUCGCCGGAGACGUAUUGCCAUUGAAGGCGCCAAGGUCAUCCCCUGCGGUAAGUACAAGGGCAAGACUCGAGAGUGCGCUUAUCAGGAUGCCGGGUAUCGCCGCUGGGUGCUUGAACAAGAUCACCCCAGAAUCCCCUCCUGACAUGAAUGCCCUACGUGCUUACUUUGAAGAGCGCUUGGACGCUGAUCCCGGCCUGUUUCCUCAAGCGUACGUGGUCCUUUCGCAGGAACCUACCGGAGGAGAAGGAGACCUCAUCGCCAUUUUGGAUACAGGAUGCUCGCAGUCCUGUCACGGUGAGCUGUGGCUGCAACGAUAUGCGCAAGCCACCGGCCAAUGCUUGCCAGCACUCGAGACCGAUGUGGGCCCUUCCUUCCAUGGCAUUGGAGGGGCAGUGCAAACGGCCGGCGUGCGAACAAUUCCGUUGGUGCUGGAGAUGAUCAAUGGACAGUAUGCCCAAGGCACCUUGCGCUCAGCAGAACUCCGAGGAAGUCAUGCGCCACUGCUGCUCUCACUGGCAGCCCAACGACAUCUUGGUCUUGUCUUGGAUGUCUGUGCCGAGACAGCCCACAGUCAAACUCUUGGGUGCGAUCUUCAAUUGGUCAUGAAGGACGGGCUGUUUGGACUUCGCCUCCUACCUGCUCAUCUUGGACUUCUGGCCGAGAAUCCCGCACUGGAGGAGACGAGCGUAGAGAACAUCACUAAGAAUGAGACCGAGUUCCUCGCGACGGAUGUGAAGAUGGACGAAAGACCACGCGAUGAUGCAUUGCAGCAUCCUACCGACGAUGCACUGCAUCGACCACGCGAUGAUGCAUUGCAUCAUCCUACCAAUGAUGCACUGCAUCCUCCUACGAUGAGCUGCGAUGAGAGGGAGCCUGAUGAGGAUGAGUCAGCCGCUGUUGGGUACAUGGCGUAUGACCACAUGAAGGGACGGACCAUGACGCGAUCGCAGGGGAACUCCUGGAAGAAGCACGUGCAUGACAUGCACAACUCUGACCAGUGCCUGUGGAGUCAGAUUUCCACUCAGAGGAGAAGACGGUCGCUGUUGCCACGCGGAUGUCGUACAUUCCUCUUGGAGAUCUUUGCGGGAGCGGCCUUGCUGAGUGAUAUCUGCGCGCGUGAAUAUGGUCACCCUAUCAGUGCUCCUGUGGACCUCAAUGUCGGCAUCGACUUGCUCACACCGGAAGGGCGAGCGCACGUGGACUCCGUGAUCGAGAGAGACGACCCCUAUGCCAUUAGCAUUGCGCCACUUUGCUCUCCUUGGUGCGCUUACUCAAAGCUCAACAUAUCCAAAGGGGGACGAACCUGCAAGCGCAUCCAAGAUGAACGCAAGCGAUGGCGACCAGUUCUCUCGUGGAUCGCGAAGAUGGUCAAGCAACGCCUAAGCCGUGGUCGCCAGAUUCUGGUUGAGAAUCCCUGGGGAAGUGCUAUGUGGGAUGAGUGGGACUUUCAGGACUUGAUCGUCAAUGACCACCACGAUGCUCUCACUGGAGAACUACUGGAAGCCACAAAAUGUGAUCAAUGCAUGCAAGGACUGCGUUCCACGACUUCUGGACUUCCCCACAUGAAGCCCACUUGCUUCCUCAGUGCCUCCACAACCUUGAAGCACACCCUGGAUGUACGCUGCGACGGUCAACAUGAACAUGAGCAACUCACCUCAGGGAAGGCGUGCAAGGAAGCGCAACAAUGGCCAAGAAAACUGUGCCACACUAUCCUUGAUGGAUGGUGCAAGGACUUGGACAACACGCUGUGUCGGUCUGCGUUCCCUGCAGAAGCGGCACGGGAAGAUGCCGACCAAGCCGAGUUUGUGAUUGACGAUGAUGAGGAUGGCAUGCACCGUACGUUGGACCACAUCUACGGCCCUGAAGAUGAGGCGGCGAUCACCGCUGGACCACUAGGACGAUCUGAAGCUGCUGAAGUUGCUGCGCGAGAAGGAGAAGCAAUUCAUGAGGAAACAGAAAGCUUGGAGUCCGAGUCCAUGCGGGAGAGAAGAAAGAAAUGGAGAGAGCUUCCCUACGCGAUGCGUGUCGCUUUGAGGAGGCUCCAUGGCAUGACUGGACACGCAUCUCCGGCAUCUAUGCAACGACUUCUUCGUACUGCUGGUGCGGAUGCCGCCGCGAUCCGCGCAAUGCAGUACUUUCAGUGUCCUGUUUGCGACAGUCUGAAAAGGCCUAUGCAAAGACCCGCCACCAAGGUGCCUGGACCUUACGUCUUCAACGUGGAGGUAAGCGUGGAUGUCUUUGUGAUCCGCGAUGUGGAGGGGAACAAAUUCUUGAUCCUUUCCAUUGUUGACCUCGGCACGCUCUUUCACGUUGGCGUCGUGGUUGGAACUGGAGCUGGAAGCCCAUCCUCUUCAAAUUGCGCAAAGGCUUUUGACACCGCCUGGAUGUCCUGGGCAGGCGCUCCUGACCGGGUUGUUCUGGACAGGGGGACGCACAACCGCGGGGUCUUCCAGGAGAUGCUGAGAUCCCGAGGAGUGGAACUUCGAUAUACCGGCCUGGAGGCCGGCCAUCAUCUAGGACGUGGAGAACGGCAAGGUGGGCUGAUGAAGUCGAUGUUGAAACACAUCAUUCAUGAACGGCAACUCCGAGGACGACAGUCUAUUGAGUUCGUGGUGUCAGAAACGGCUGAGGUCAAGAACUCCAGACUGCAUGUUGGAGGUUUUGCUCCGGCUCAAUGGCUGCUUGGACGACUACCAAAGGACUUGGACAGCCUCACAACCCUCGGAGCAGAACAUCGGCUUGGAACUCACCAGGAGAUCUUGGAUGGGACUUCGUCGUUUGCACACCGUAUGGAGAUCCGGAUGGCAGCGAAGCAAGCAUUUACGUUCCACGAUUCGGCUCAACGUCUUCGCGCAUCUAUGCUUCGAAAGGCCACGCCCACACGUGGACCCUUCGUGACUGGAGACCUCGUCUGCUUCCACCGCAAGCAAGGAGCAAGAGUUGGACAGCGCUGGUUUGGGCCUGCUCGUGUAGUCGGUCAAGAAGGGCGAUCCAAGCUAUGGGUGAUCCAUGGAGGAAUACCCAUGACCGUGGCCGUGGAAGCAUGUCGACACGCUAGUGGACCUGAGAUACUGGCGAAGCGGGAGUUGGAACUGCGCCCAAGCAGGAAGAGACGCCGUGAAGUUAUCGAAGAUGAUGACGAGACCUAUGAGUACCCUUUUGGCGAUGACUUGGCCGGUGUCCCAGGACGUCAUGAAGAUGGAGAAGGCCUUGGAGAAGAUGAACAAAUGCGCUAUUUUGACACCACGGACAUUGCCGACGGGGGACUCUCAUCCAGUCCCUAUUCACCAUCACCUGCAGGAGAAGCUGCCGCAGGACUAUUCCUUCUCCGCUAUCACCAGCUGACGAAGGACCUGGCGUUGCGGACCUGCCACCGAUCCCUGAGGACUUACUUGAGACCGAUGAGGGAGAGAGGACGCCUACGCCCACAGUUGGUUCGACCUUCGAGCCUGAACAAGAACAAAUUCCUGUGA